AAAAAUGGCACCCAUUUCGAAUGCAGCUACAGUUGAGAAAUUGAUAAAGAAAGUUGCUGAUGGUGAUGAUAUCGUCACCGCCGUCAAAUCUCUUGCUGUCCUCAAUAUUCCACUAAAACUAGCCGUUGAUCUUCAAAUUGUGGAGGUGCUAACUCCCUUAUCAAGCUCCCCACUUCUCAAUGGACCAAUCCAUGAGAUUUUGAAGAAGCUCGAGGGGAAAAGAGAGAAAGAAAAUUCUGGAAAGAGCCCGCUGAAAAAGAAGACGUCUAUCAGAAGAGUUUCAAGCACGAAAGGAGGAUCAAAGAAGAGGAGGUCUAGUCUAGUGACAAAGAAGAUUCAGGAGGUUCCACCGAAAGAUGAACCCCUUGAGAAGGAGAACUGUAAAACUACCUCAAAUCGCUCUAGAUUGUUCAAGAAGAAUGAGCCGACAAAGAAGGACUCGUCGAUUUGGAAGAGAAUCAAAAAUGUUCAAGCAUGAUAAUUUUUGUGUUUAAUUUGUUAUGCAACUUGGAAAUGAAAAUUUUUCAAACAAUU